GCAGUUAUAAUUCAGAAACCGUUGUGUGAACUUCGCAGUGCGAAAAAAAGCAAACUCAAGUCCUACAAAAAGAUUUGCAAAUUAACCUCAAAAGCCAUAUUAAGUCGAAGAAAAAUCAAGCGUUUUAGUAUUGCAAGUUAACCUCAAAAGACAUUUUACUUUGAAGAAAAAGCCAGUAUUCUAAAGAAGUAAUUUCAAAGAUGGCUCUGUCACAACUGUUGAGUCUUGUGGAUGAGCUGCACGAACCUCGCAGCCCCGUUUAUGAUUUCGGCCUCAGCAUGCAUCCGCGUCAUUUACACACCACCUGGGCCACACCUCAGCGUCUAGCUGUCUGUCCAUGUGCUUCGCCUGCCUGUCCGGCCUCGCCGGCCGGUCAAAUGCUGGCCGCACGUCACCACACCCGCGAAGCGACCAAGAAGAGCCACCAGGAUUGGCCAAUGGCUGCAAUUGGAAAAGAUGGUUUCCAGGUGUGCAUGGAUGUGGCCCAAUUCAAGCCAAGCGAACUGAAUGUCAAGGUGGUGGACAACUCCAUUGUGGUCGAGGGCAAGCAUGAGGAGCGUCAAGACGACCAUGGCUAUAUCGCACGCCAUUUUGUGCGUCGCUACAAUGUGCCGCAGGGCUACGAACCGGAGAAGGUGGCCUCCUCCCUAUCCUCGGAUGGUGUGCUCACUGUUACCAUUCCAAAGCCACAGCCCAUUGCGGACAAGACGAAGGAGCGCGUCAUUCAAAUACAACAAGUCGGUCCAGCCCAUUUGAAUGUCAAGCAGAACCAGGUUGAGGACAAGGAGAACAAGGACAAAGAGAAGGCUACCAAUGGCAGCGCCAAGAAGUAAUGCCGCGUAUUCAGUAUCUCCUGCAGUACAAUGCUCAUCACAUCAUCUCAACACACUAUCCAUCAACCAUACACAUGUUUAGUUUUAGUUUCUAGCCUUAAACAGCAUUUUUGUGUAACAAAACAAAGACAUGAAUAAACUUAUGUAAAACACCAAGUGUUCAACUAUGAAUAACAGAUAUCAAUUUAAA